CGUGACUACUGUUUUACUGCGCAUGUGUACACCAAUUUGCAGAUUGACAACAUUUUUUUAGUCCAAGGCAGUAAUGCUGCAGCAUGCUAUAGUGUUUUGUUUCGGGCCGCUCUAAAGGACACCAUGUUCCCUCCUUUCUACCUCAUCUGGCUGGUGGUGACUGUCAGUGGGGCGGAUUUCGAGAAGGAAGUAAUCCCAAGUUGUGGACCGGAAGUGGAAGUGUGCGAGUUCUACUGGACAAUCGACUACAAAGAAACAAUGGUUUACUAUGCAAAUGAGGGUUACGAUGGUGAGCCCGUUGUCCUGAUCAACGACACGCUUUUCAGACGUAAUACAUGCAGUACCCUCGAACGUUUAACGGAUGAAGAGCUAAAGAACGUCACCACAGCAGAUGGAAGAUACAAAUUAGUGUAUGCCAUCAAUGAACAGGUUCCCGGACCCCCCGUGGUGGUAUACCGCGGUCAGCAGGUCAUAGUUCACGUGAAGAACAAGCUCGAGUCUGACGGCGUAACUAUCCAUUGGCACGGGCUGACCCAGAAGGGCAGCCCCUGGAUGGACGGAACGGGGUCGAUUUCCCAGUGUCCGAUCGCCCCAGAAGCCACGUUUGUGUACAGAUUUAUGGCGGAGGACGUGGGAACCUCAUUGUACCACGCUCACCACGGCAUGAUGAGAACAGAUGGUAUCGCUGGGCCUCUGAUAGUCCUCCUCCGGGAUAGUGAGAGGGCGGUUAACGCGGUUGACGAUGUAGACAGAGACUAUACGAUGUUCCUACAGGAUUGGUUCAUUAGGUCAGGUCCAGAUAUCAACAGUUACUUGGCUGGCCAUCUAAGCUCGUACAUCCAUGGACUUGACCAAGAAGGUUGCAGUAUUACGCCCAAGUCCCUGGACGGAGAAAUAACAGCCGAUAUUCCGUUUGAGUCAGCUCUCAUUAACGGAAAGGGGAGAUACAACCACACACAGAGUAUUGACGGACUACCUUAUGAAACCUUCACCGUGACAAGCAGUGGAGUGUAUCGGUUCCGCAUCAUCAGCAAUGCCAUGGUUUAUGCUUUUCGGGUGUCGGUAGACCAGCAUACGAUGACGGUGAUAUCUACAGAUGGAAGUGACGUAGAAGGAUUCGAAGCCGAAUCUGUUGUGAUACACAGUGGUGAGCGGUAUGACGUCAUAAUCCGUGCAGAUCAGGCGCCAGGUUCCUACUGGAUACGCACAGAAACAAUGGAUAAACCUGCUGAAGGAGAGGCGUCGUCCCCAAAUUUCGGUCUAGCAGUGUUACGAUACCAGGAUACGGAACUUGUGCUGCCAACGUCACAGAAGAAUGUGUGUGAUAAGAACAAUCCGUGUAAAGUCGUCAACUGUCCCUUCCUGUUUCACCCUGACUAUUACAUUGAAUGUACGUCCCUCGCUGACCUCAAGACCACAAAUGAAGAACAAGCAAUCCACCCGGUACCUGUUUCCUAUUCCACAGAGACGUUCCAGGAAAUAUUCCUCAACUUCGUUUACGCAUGGAGCAGGCUACCAAUAACAGCGGCUAUCAACAACAAGGGUUUCGUCAGACCUUCCGUACCACUCCAGACAUACCCGGACGGAAACGAGACGUUCACAGCUUGUGUAGAGCGAUGCGAUGAGUAUUGUACAUGCACCCAGGUGGUUAAACUUGAUAUUGGUAACACAGUACAGCUAGUCCUACUUAACAUAAACGACAGUCCGUUCGGCAUGUCACAUCCAAUCCAUAUCCACGCUCAUCGUCCGCACGUGAUAAAGAUGGUAUAUCCGGAAUACGAUGGACGUGGAAGGAUUUCAAAUCGUACCCAGGACAUCCGGUGUGAUACGUCCAGCUGCAACAGUGCCACAUGGAGCAAUUCCUCGUGGAACUUUGGUAAUGUCCCUGGUGUAAACUUGGACAAUCCUCCCAGGAAAGACACGGUGAUCAUACCCAGACAAGGCUACGUCGUCCUGCGUAUGGUUGCUGACAAUCCAGGUUACUGGUUCUUGCACUGUCAUAUUGAAGUUCACCAGAUAGCAGGUAUGAGCCUAGUACUUCAGGAAGGGGAGAUAACCGAUAUGCCACCAUUGCCUAAAGGAUUUCCUGUCUGUGGAAAUUUUAGACCGGACCCAGCCACACAGACUACUGAUAAUACCAGUCGUACAACAGUUUUAGGCGCCGUGCCUUCUGCAUCAGCUACAGACAAUGGGUGUGCCACUUGGAAUAAGCCUUACAUGGUCAGUACGAGGAACCAGAGGGUCGGCUACGUUGUCCUGAUUAGUAUUCUUGCGGUCUCUAAUCUCGCCACGCUCAUUGUUACGUGUGUGGUGAUACAUAGACGUAUAAAGAUGAAGUAUGUUCUUAAUGUUCCAUAUCUCAAACGACCAACAGAUCCGAAUGACAAACCGGAACCGGAAGUGUUCUUCUCAAGUAGCGAGGAACUAAGCGGUUCAAAAGAAAAACUAGUACUUAUGUAGUUCUAACAAAAUGGUUAAAAUGUAUCUACACGUAUAACAGAAGCUAUUGACAUCCUGUAGUCAUCGUUUCAAUUGUUUUAUCAGUUUCUUAGCAUUAGUAUAACUGAAGUUAAAAUGACUGUAUUAUCGGGAGAUAUGUUCCUGUAUGUGAUCUUCGUUUGUGAGGAUUGAGAGCCAUGAAAGAAAAAAAAACGAAAACACAUCAUGUUCGUUUACGGAAAGGCACUCUUAAGUGUAAUAUGUACGUGAAUAAAAAGCUAAUUUGAUAUGCAGACAAUUACAUAUAAUCAGUCAAUUUUAAGAUUAGCACAUAGUUCAGGCUUUGAUGUCCCCGUUCAUAUAUUUCAUGCAUAUUCAUAUUUUAUGGGGAAAAUUAAAUUUCUUUAUACACAUCUUACUCUGAAAGAGUACGUUCCUUCAUUUUUUAUUGUCUUUGAGGACAAUUGUGGUACAACACGGCUCACGAAAGUCAUAUGUUCCUAAUACAUUAAUAAUUAUCACGAUGUUUGAUUUACAUUGACAUUAAAUUGAUUGACAUUGCAUAUACAUGCAAAAUGAUUUCGAAUUGGAAACUCUGACCAAUCUGUUAUUUUGGUCAAAGUCUGUAGGUACUACUGAUUGUGUGUGCUACCAUGGCGUUAUAUUGUCCCAGUAUAUAUCUGGUACAUAUAUAGGUAUAUAAAACGCCAUAAACACUCGCACUAAUUGAGUUGAUUAAAAUUAAUAGAUUGGUAAUCACAAUCCACCGGACCAGCACCGAACGAUCAAGUGGACAUUCACUCAUUCGUACCACUUUAAAACCACUUUUAUACCACUUUCUCAAUAUGUUAGUUGUUAAUGUUUGUUUGAAACGUCUUAAACACCAGUUCAGGAAAGACGACUAUCAUUAACAAUAUGGACGUGAAAAAAUAUUAAUAUAUAUGUUAAUCUGUAUCUGGUAUAGAGAUAAAACAGUUGAAAAACAGUUAUGGUUUCAGUAUUAAAGCGUUAUAACGUAUUUGAAUUCAUACCAGAUUUUCAUAAUUGUAUUUGAAGUUAUAUUUAUUUAUCUAAAAUAUAAUAGAAAUAAAUCAGUGUCGGGUGAAAUAUAUAUAAAAAAGACUUCAAGAACUUCAAAUAACUUCAUAUAUACGAAAAUAUUAUACAAAUAUAUCAUGGAUGUCCAUGCAAUAGUCCAGAAUAUUUGACACGAGGUACUGGUAAUCGACCAAAGUUCUAAUGCACGAAGCCGAAGGCCGAGUCCAAUAUUACAGCGGUCGAUUACCGGUACCGAGAGUCAAAUAUUGUGGACUAUUGCACAGACACCUAUGGUAUACCUGUUUUAUUACAUAAUUACUAGAACACAAUUAGAAUCACUGAAAUCUCGACUUUCCUUUUGGCCUAGCAGUGUUGACAUCUGAGUGACUUAGACGCGUGAAAGGAUAGGACAAAAUUCCGAAACGUCACAGGUGUUCAAUAAUUCGCACGUGACCAAAUUUAAAAGAGUCACAGGUGUUCAAUAGUUCGCAUGUGACCGUGCAGUAGUCAUUUUAGCCGUGCAAUAGUUCAAAAUAUAGCUUAUUUUUAUAGUUUAGGAAAAUCAAACGCAUCAUGUAAUAAAUUUAUAUAUUUGUUUCCCCAAUUAUUUUCUGUACAUGUCUUCCAAUGUCCUUCGUAAUACGACCGUGCAAUAGUCAUUUUAGCCGUGCAAUAGUUCAAAAUAUAGCUAAAAUAUAAUACGAAUUUAAUUCUAAAAAUGGUUUUAAAGUGGUACGGAUGGAUUAAUGGCCACCUGAUUGUUCGGUUUACAAUAACUCAAAGUUUGCCGAAAAACUUCAUAUUCGCAGAGGUCUGGUAUCAUGAACCAGAUGCUUCAAAGAAUCAUGUUUACCAACCAACCUCAACAGUAACAACCAGACAUAAACCAGUUACAACAUUAUUCUAAUUUCACUGACCUUUCUUUUACCGUUCAAUAACGAGAAAAAACACUAACAGAAAAAUAUCUUCACAUCCUUUAUGACUUUAAUAUUAAAAGUCUUAUGAAAACUUCAUAAAAUUAUAUUUGAGUUGGGUGCAACAGGCUUGGCGGUACCAGUGGCCAAGGAAGAAGUUCCUAGAUACAAAUAACACAAUAAAAGUUUUACAAAAGAUAUGUUAAUAAUCAAUAUGAUUACGACGACAUGAUAUGUACUGAUUUACAAUUCUGUAUCCGUAGGAAAUAUAUAUAUAUAGACACAUGAGUUAAGUAUACCUUCGUAUUGUGAGUAGAAAUGGCCAUCACAUGUACAGUAAUGACAAGGACGGAAUAUCAGAGAUUUUGUUGGUAUAUUAUGUAUAUAGGAACAUUAUGUAAACACAUGAAACAGGACUUUUUAGACCUAAGAAAAAACAAUGUCUAGGGUAAUUUUGGACAAACAUUACAUGCAUAGAAAGCUGUAUCGAAUUCGGUGAAAAAUGCUUAACUUUUGUUAAUUUCCUGUACAAAGUAAAUGUAACUUCUAUUGCACGAAGUGUCUCAAUAUCAUCUGGCGCAAUACAAUGUCUCAUCCACUCAUCCUUAUGAUCGUUGCUGUAGGUGUAAUGAGAAUGGUUUCUCCGGAGUUGCAAAUGUCUGGUAUAUGUAUGGUACGUCGAGGACUCCAUCAGGCAGGAUGAUUUUGUAGUUUCGCACUAUCUGUAAUUAAAAAUGAUUACGUUUUUGUAAAUUUACAUAUUAAUUUUUACUCUAGUUUUUUAGUUUAGUUUUCUAGUAAUUUAGUGUAUUAUCAUAUUUAACAGAUUUGCGUAUUUGUGAAGAUAUAAAACUGCCUAUCCAUAAAAUAUAUGCAAAACAAUACAAUGAAACCUAGAUUGGCACAAUGCUAAUUUAGUGGCAUGCUUUCAGCUCGAAAAUUGCUCUGAAUAUAUCGCUAAACUAGAUAUAUUCAAAGAAAUCGAAAAUGUUUACAUGUUAUGUCUAAAUAUACAACUGAAUUACGAUCGCUGUAUUAAUGUCGUGAAACUUUGUUGUAGAAUUGUAAAACAACUACCUUUGCCACACAUAUGUACACUUCGAUUUCUGCAAAGCGCUUUCCGAUACAGUCACGGGGGCCAAAUCCAAACGGCAAUUGUGCAAACCCGUGUAUAUGUGUUUGUUCCGAGCGAAGCCAUCUUUCAGGUAAGAAUGCUUCCGGAUUAGGAAAGAAUGUCUUGUCCCUCCCGAUUACACUGUUUCCUCCAGCAAUGACACACUUGUAAUGAAAGUGGGCGUGUUCAUUGUAUUUAUUGAUAACAAGCUCUUUUUAUGUCUUUAUUGUUUAUUUAUAAGAUGCUUCUGAAUUUGUUUUAAAAGAUUGCCAUAAAAAAUUAUAUGUAUUUUGAAACAAUAAAACUAUCAAGCUUUA